AUGGAAGAUGGUUGGUUAGGAGGGCUGGGCCACCUUUUCAUGACGGUAUUUGUUUUCAAUUUCGCCAAUUUCAUGGUGGUCCCGGCGAUUACAGAUGUCAGCAUGGCGGCACUUUGUCCUGGGGAAGAUGAAUGCUCCUUGGCGAUUUACCUCACCGGAAUUCAACAAGCGAUAACAGGAAUGGGGAGCCUAGUGAUGAUGCCUUUGAUUGGAAAUCUCUCUGAUCAUUAUGGAAGGAAAGUGAUGCUCACCGUGCCGAUGUUGCUCGCCACUUUACCCUUGGUAAUAUUGGCGUACAGCAGGGAGAGGAACUUCUUCUAUGCAUACUAUGUGCUCAAGACACUCGUCUCCAUGAUAUGUGAAGGAAGUGUACUUUGUCUUGCACACGCUUACGUGGCGGAUAACGUGGCAGUGGGACGACGGGGGUCGGCCUUUGGAAUCCUUUCCGGCAUAUCAUCCUGUUCCUUUGUCUUCGGCAAUCUCUCCACUCGCUUCCUCCCCUCCGCCGCUUCCGUUUUCCAAGUAUCUGCGGCGGUGUCAAUGGUUUCUGUAGUCUACAUGAGAAUUUUCUUGCCAGAAUCGAGCAUGGAGUCAGCGGUGAUUGCCGUUUCGUCCAAAGAACAAACUGUGAAUGAAUCUCUUCUCGAAAAGGGGUGUACGGACAACCGCCGCCCUUUGCGUACGACUCCUUCUUUGCAUGAUUCAAUUUCAUUGUUGAGGAGCAGCUGGACAUUUUCACAAGCAGCUAUCGUGGCUUUUUUCGGCAGCCUUGGUGAACUCGGUCUUUAUUCUGCAUUAUUGUACUAUUUAAAGGCAGAAUUCCAUUUUGAUAAAGAUCAGUUUGCUGACUUGAUGAUCAUCAACGGCAUCGCAGGGAUCAUAUCUCAAAUGGUUCUUAUGCCCCUGUUGUCUAAAGUUGUCAAUGAAGAAAAAAUUCUUGCAAUUGGGCUCAUCUUCAACUGUGUACAUAUCGUCCUUUACAGCGUAGCUUGGGCGCCCUGGGUUGUUUAUUUUGCAGCAACAUUUCAGAUUCUGGCUGUUUUUGCAGGACCAAGCUUACGUAGCAUCGUAUCCAAACAAGUUGGUCCUACUGAGCAGGGAAAGGCUCAAGGGUGCAUUACAGGCCUAUGUUCCUUUGCCAGUAUUGUUUCUCCACUGAUUUUCAGCCCUCUAACAGCUUUAUUCUUAUCUGACAAUGCUCCAUUUGCCUUUCCUGGUUUUAGUCUUGUGUGUGCUGCAUUUGCUAUGAUGAUCGCCUUCAUUCAGAGUGUCAUGAUCAGAGCCCCUCCCCCACCUGUUCCAGAUUCAAAACUUGACGAUUCUGUCUCAGUGGAGCCUUAGAGUAUUCUAAUCAGAAGAGCAGCAAAAUCUUAAGCACAAGCGUUUCUUUUUUCGUGGCUUGGUAUGCUGGUGCAU